AUGAAUUCUCCGGAUGCUGUAGAGUUUAAUAAUUUACAAAACGUGCCAAAGACGAGAAUCGAAUUACACGCUCAUCUCGAUGGUUGCAUGAGACAUGAAACAAUCUGGGAAUUGUUAAAAGAAAAAAAUUUAAAAAUGCCUGGAAAUGGGACGUUUAAAGAUUUAAAAAAAGCUUUAGUUGUAAGGGAUCCCGUUAAUUUGGGUCAUUUUUUGGCACCUUUUGGUAUAUUUUUACCAGCUGUUCAAGAUGAUUUUAAUGCCAUGGAACGUAUUGCUUAUGAAUUUUGCGAGGAUAAAGCAGAACAAAAUGUUCUCUACGUCGAAGCAAGGUAUAAUCCACAUGCAUUUCUAACGGAAAAAAAUACAAACAAAGAAAAUUUAGAUGAAGUUGUCGCUGCCAUACAUCGAGGUUUCAUAAAAGGAGAAAAAGAUUUCAAUAUUAAAGUGGGUACUAUUUUAUGCUUGCUAAGAGGUACUGAUAAAUCUAUGGAAGUUUUCGAUUUGUACAGACGACAAUCGGAUAAAGGAUUAUUAGGGUUAGAUAUGGCAGCGAUAUUUUCGGAAACAUCGAUAGAAGAUGAAGUGCCAUUAAAUACGGAAGAACAAAAAAUAUUCGAAAGAGCAGAAAGACUUCACAUACAUAGGACAAUACACGCAUCGGAAAGAGGACCCCCAGAAAUGGCGGAAAGAGCAUUGAAUAAUUAUCGUGCGGAAAGAAUCGGUCACGGUUACAGAGUACUUGAAAAUAAUAAAAUAUAUCGUCAAUGCAUCGAAGAAAAUGUCCAUUUUGAAUGUUGUCCUUGGUCAAGUUAUUUAACCGGAUCCGUUCCGUUACGAAUAAAAAAACAUCCGAUAGCCGUUUUUUCCGAAAACGAUGUUAAUUUUUCAAUAAAUACCGACGAUACGGCUGUUACCGGUUAUACAUUAACCGACGAUUAUAAUCUGACCCAAAAAUGGGGUUUCACAGAAGGUACAUUGAUUAAAUGUAAUUUUAAUGCUGCCAGAGCGACAUUUUUACCAGUAAACGAAAAGGAAGAAUUGAUAAGAACAUUAAAAAAAAAUAUCGGAAUUGAAUAA